UUUUUUUUUUUUUUUUUUUUUUUUUUAAAUAGAAAAUUUAUUAAUUAUGAUAAAUAAUGCAUCGCGUUACUUUAUUAACCAAAAACAAUCCAAGUCUCUAUCGCAAGCUUACCUACUAUAGAAUGCUUGCCAAACAUAACCUAGAUCUCCAUUGCAAGCUUCAGUGGCAGUAAGGUCUGCUAUAACUUAAUCAUCUAACCGAUACUUGACAUUGCUGUUCCUUGGCGCUUGAAUUGCGACUUUGAAGCCAAUUAAGAUGGUCUUGGGAACACAAGAUCAAAGCUAUAGAAGCAGAUUUGAAUUUCUCAAUAUUUUAGGGGUUGAAAAAUGUGAAAGCUACUUGCUUUUCCAUGGAGAAACUUCCCUUCGAAAUGGGUUUCGGACCUUUUUGUAUUUUGUUGGUCUGGCUUAUUGCUUCAUUGGAUUAUCAGCUAUAACUGGUCGAUUCUUCCGGUCCAUGGAGAAUGUGGUUAAACAUUCGCGUAAAGUGGUGGAGGUAGAUCCUUGCACUAAUACCCCAGUUAUAAGGUACGAGAAGGUUUGGAAUUAUGCAAUUGCAGAUAUAUCAUUGCUCGCAUUUGGGACUAGUUUCCCCCAGAUAUCAUUGGCUACUAUUGAUGCCAUUCGAAACAUUGGGAACCUCUAUGCUGGAGGACUGGGUCCUGGAACACUUGUUGGUUCUGCUGCAUUCGACCUUUUCCCCAUCCAUGCUGUUUGUGUGGUGGUUCCUAAAGCUGGAGAAUUGAAAAAGAUAUCUGACUUAGGAGUUUGGCUUGUGGAGCUCUUUUGGUCUUUCUGGGCUUAUAUUUGGCUAUACAUAAUUUUAGAGGUAUGGACUCCUGAUGUAAUUACAAUAUGGGAGGCCCUAUUGACAGUACUACAAUAUGGUUUGCUGCUAACACAUGCUUAUGCACAAGAUAAGCGUUGGCCUUACUUAUCUCUUCCAAUUGAAAGAACUGAGAGGCCAGAAGAGUGGGUACCGGAAGAGGAUGUUAAAUGCAAAUGUCAAAACAGUCUUAAUGAAGAGUACUCUGAGAUACCUCAAAUUCACGAGGAUCAAAUACUUCAGAUUGGCAACGAUCAAAGGAAUCUUGUUGAUAUAUUCUCUAUCCAUUCAACUGUUGGGACAGGUCCAGCAUAUCAGAAAGUGCCUGAAGCAGAUGGCGCAUCUGAAUCCUCCAAUAAAUAUUUUCACAGUGAACAAGAUUUUGCAGUGUUUGCUGUUUGGAAACAGCAAUUUGUAGACGCAGUCAUGCAGUUGGAGAAUUCAGAAUCGAGAAAACUGGAGAAUACUUAUAUACGGCUGGCAAAAGUUUUCUGGCAAUUAGUCCUUGCACCUUGGAGAAUUCUGUUCGCUUUUGUGCCUCCUUAUCAUAUUGCUCAUGGAUGGAUUGCCUUCAUUUGCUCUCUACUUUUCAUCAGUGGGAUAGCUUACAUUGUAACAAAGCUCACCGAUGUUAUAAGCUGUGUUACAGGAAUAAAUGCUUAUGUCAUUGCAUUUACGGCACUAGCUGCUGGAACUUCAUGGCCUGACUUGGUGGCAAGCAAGAUUGCUGCUGAACGUCAAAUAACAGCAGAUUCUGCCAUUGCAAACAUCACCUGCAGCAAUUCAGUGAACAUAUAUGUGGGUAUCGGUGUUCCAUGGCUGAUAGACACCGCCUACAAUUUCUUUGCCUAUAGGGAACCUUUGCGGGUUGAGAAUGCGUCAGGACUAGGCUUCUCAUUGAUUGUUUUCUUUUGUACAUCCGCAGGCUGUAUUGUUAUUCUUGUGUACAGGCGUUUGACAUUGGGUGCAGAACUUGGAGGGCCAAGGAUUUGGGCGUGGGCAACAAGCAUAUACUUCAUGUUGCUUUGGCUUAUUUUUGUGGUGCUGUCCUCCCUCAGAGUUUCUGGUAUCAUAUGAUGGGGAAUGUGUAUAUAUAUAUUUUUGGAUUUAUAGGAUUUGUGUAUUAUUUGCAGUAAGGGAUGAUAGAAACUCCCUUUAUAUUAUUCCGAUUUUGUAAGUGCCUAUUGCACCUCGUUUUAUUUUUUUAUUUUUUGCAAGACAAAUAACGGUAACAAUUGUCGGGUUGACCGGAUCAUAAUAUAUUUCAAUGCCCAAAGGCCAUAUUGUUACUAA